CGGUCCCCUCCCUCGCCCGCUCUCCGCCAGCUCCCGCUCGCUCCCUGCCCACUCCCGGGGGGACGUUCCGUGCCGCCGCGGCCGCAGCUUCUUUCACACUUUAGUUGGGAGCUGCGCGCCGCGCUCAGUUACUGGAGAGCUGGCCUCACGCGGCCGCCUCCCGCACACACGCACCCGAGCCCGGCUUCGGUGUUUUCUGCUUUUACUCCAAACAGCGAGGAGGAGGGAGAAACCCAGACACACUGUGGGGAGGAGGAGGAAGAGGAGGAGGAGGGAGGAAGAAAAAAAGGCGAGGAAGAAAGGGGCGGGGGGCGGGAGGCUUGCCACCUUCAGCCCCCCCACCGCGAGCAGCCAAGGUGCACGUUUCUUGACCAACUCAGCAGCAAGGUGGAUUUUUUUUGCCUUUGAAGAAAAAAAAAUGUCCUCGGGUCUGUAGAGAUGAUUUGCUGUUCAGCCUGGCUGAAGCUGACCGAAUGAGACUAUGGGCUGUGCCUCCGCCAAGCAUGUUGCCACUGUUCAAAAUGAAGAGGAAGCCCAGAAAGGGAAGAACUACCAGAACGGAGAUGUGUUUGGCGAUGAGUAUAGGAUCAAACCGGUGGAAGAGGUCAAAUACAUGAAAAAUGGAGCAGAAGAUGAGCAGAAAGUAGCAGCCAGGAACCAAGAAAACUUGGAAAAAAGUGCCAGUUCAAAUGUAAGACUUAAAACUAAUAAAGAGAUUCCGGGAUUAGUUCAUCAACCCAGAGCAAACAUGCACAUUUCUGAGAGCCAACAAGAAUUCUUCAGAAUGCUGGAUGAAAAAAUUGAGAAGGGUCGGGAUUACUGUUCGGAAGAAGAGGAUAUCACAUAGCACCGAUUCGACCACUCAAAACAGGAGCUACUACUGUGUAAAUAGGUUACACUACCCCGUUGAAAUCUUUGCAAAGGUCGGUUCUCUGCAAUGAGCAGCGCACUAUAGCAAAAGAAGAUCGUUCCAUACCAUAUGCCCCAUUAAAUUACAGUGUUUCUUAAUGAACUUGCAAAGGAAUAUUGCUAAAAACAAACAAAAAAAAAAACUGUUAUCGAACUUUCUUUGUUGCUGCUAGUUAAAACUUGUCGCAACUUUUCACUUCUCUUGUGUCCAGGUAUGCAGCAAAAUUCUGCAGUUUCACCUUAAAAAUACUGUUGGUUUUACAGAUGCUCUCCAACCUAUUUUCUAUAAGAUGAGGUAGUGGUGAACUCAGAUAUCAAACUUCUAUUCUAGAAAGGUUCUGCUUCUAAGACAAGCGUCUCUCCCUGCCCUCUCCUUUCUCCCCGUCUCACCUGAGCAGUCCAGAGACGGACUGAGCCUUGCUUCUCACUGGCAGUGUUGAGCUUUGGAGAUGGGAUGGUUGCUAUGGCGAGCCUUGUUUCUCUGCUAAGAAGAAGUAGAGAAGCUAUUCUCGAUUAAAAGCAUGUUGUGCCGUGACUCCUGGGAGUGACACAGGAGCCAGCAGCAGGUCGUUUCAUUUAAUAGGUAUAUUAAUCAAGGAUUUUAAGCUUGCAACAUUGGCUUUGCUCAGAUGCAAAUGGAAGUGUGAUCACAAUCAAUUUGAAUCCCUCUUCCCCACUUUUUUUUUUCUAAGAAAAUAAACAUUUUACUGUUUUUAUGUAUCCUUGUCUUCUACCAUUCAUCCAGCUCAGUGUUUAAAAAUAAUCCUGGGUGUAAAGUUGAGCCUCCCUUUGUAGUGACUUUGAUAAUUGGCCUAAAUGGCUUCCUAUCCCUUCCAUUAAUAUCCUAACAAGCAUCAGCAGGGCUUGAAGUGGUGAGAAGAGGUGAAGGGACAUCCCAUGACUUUUUAGGAGGGCUUGAAACUGCGCUGGUAGCUUUCAUUUCAUUGGCAAGUAGACCAUCCUAUUUCCCUGUUUAUUCCCUUUAAAAUGCUAUAUGAUCCUUGCCACUUCCUUUUUCUCCUUCUUCCAGCACUGGAUGAUACAGGGAAAAGUGUUUGCCUACUAGAAAACAUAGUCCAUGUACACUGGUGGUGGUAUUUGGAGAUGCGAGAGCCAAAAGCACCUGGGCAGGGGUGGGGAAUGUUGACUGUGUGUUCUGUAGAGUUUAUUUUUCCAUGUUAUAUGAAGAGAAUGAUCUCUUCUCAAAGACAGAGGUAAUAUUUUUAACAAAUAUUGUCACAAGUAAAUAGUGAUCAAAAGGAAAAAAUAACUUUUGUAUUUUUUUAACAAGUUUGAUAGCUUUCACGAGGGUUCUCUUUGUUACUUUUAGGGGAGAGCACCACAUUAAAUGCCACGCCAGCAGUCUAGGUUUGGGUUUGUCCCCAGAAAAAAAACCCUGUAGGAGCCCUGUCUGCUUCUCUCUUUUGGGAUUGUGGAUUUGAAGGGCCUCUGCAUCAGCCACACUGCCUCCAUCCUAUGGUGGGUAGUUACGAUGUUUCAGGUGGUCAAGACAUCACCUGCCACAGAAUAGAAUAAGGAGCUAAAUGUGUUCUUGCUGAGAAGAUGAGCCAUGACUUCAAAAUCCAUCCACAUGGUUGACGGCACACUGAUGUGCUAACAGGACAACAUCUCCUGUUGGACAAGGGGCAGCAAAAGUGAGGGGAAAGAAAUUCAGUCAAGUGCUUUAGAAUAUGGACUCAAAUGUAGCAACAAAAGCCCUUAGUUCUUUCAGCCAGCAGCAGCUAUUCUGGGGAGCAGCUGUGGUUGUUACAUAAAUAGAGAUGCAGCCAAAAUUUAAGGCUUUUUAUCCUGCUUCAAGCAGAAAAAUGCAGGGAGAGUCAAAUAGCCUAGCAUUUUAAGUUCCCUCCCCACAUACGGUUUUUGGCCAAAUGACUAAAAUAGUUUUCCCCAACUGUAAAAUGAACUGCUAAGCCCCACCCCAAACUUGUUCACUGGGGACUUUGUUCAUUUUUAUGUGGAUGACCUUUUUCCCUGGGAUUUCUUGUUCUUAUCAAGCAAGAAUGAAGCAAACCCUACACGUCUUCCAUUUGACAACACUACUUGGGCCUCAGACAGUGUCUUCCCAGAAAAUCUCCACCUUCUACUCAGAGAUGAAACAGCCUCAUCUCAUUUCUCCUACUCACAUUUAACAUUUUGGCAUGUUACACAUGUAAACAGAAACCAAGCGUUUUGUUGGGCACCCGAUUUUUGAGUGUUUAAUUAAACCAGAAGUGUUGUUCCCAUGAACCAAUGGCUUUUCACAUGGAGUUCUAUCUCCUGUGUUUAAUCCUGGAUACAUCUUUGAUAUGCAAAAGUGAUUUCAUCUUCAGAUCUGGUACCUCUAGAAAUAGAUCCGAGAAAUGGGGUGAUUGAGCGGGUUGGCAUGAAAAGUUUGAUUAUGUUAGCAACGCUCAAAACUGUCUGUUUUCCAUUUAUUGGUAUUAAUCAUAAAAUUGUCAAGUGA